GUAUCGGGGCGGAGGGAGAACGGAACUUCCGGUUCUCGCGGGAGCUAGAGGCGUGACUGCCACGUCCGUGCAAACCGGGAAAGGAGAGGACCCCGCCGCCGCGUGAUGGCCAGCGGCCUGCGGGCCCCACACUGGGUGGCAGUGGGACUGCUGACCUGGGAAGCCUUGGGGCUGCUGGUGGCCGGACACGGGGCUCAUGGUGACUCGCAGAAGGACGUGCAAGAGGAUUUCCACGGCCACAGCCACAGCCACUCACAUGAGGAUUUCCACCACGGACACAGCCAUGCCCAUGGCCAUGGCCACACUCAUGAGAGCAUCUGGCAUGGGCACACCCACGGUCACGACCAUGGACAUUCACAUGAGGACCUGCACCAUGGCCAUAGCCAUGGCCACUCCCAUGAGAGCCUGCACCGCAGAGGACAUGGACCUGACCAGGAACAUAGCCAUGGAGGAGGCUAUGGGGAACCAGGGUCCCCAGGCAUCAAGCAUGACCUGGACACUGUCACUCUCUGGGCCUAUGCACUGGGGGCCACAGUGCUGAUCUCUGCAGCUCCAUUUUUCGUCCUCUUCCUCAUCCCAGUAGAGUCAAACUCGCCCCGACAUCGCUCUCUGCUCCAGAUCUUGCUCAGCUUUGCUUCCGGGGGGCUCCUGGGAGAUGCCUUCCUGCACCUUAUCCCUCAUGCCCUGGAGCCUCAUUCUCACCACACUCCGGAGCAGCCUGGACAUGGACACUCGCACAGUGGCCAGGGCCCCAUUCUGUCUGUGGGGCUGUGGGUUCUCAGUGGAAUUGUUGCCUUCCUGGUGGUGGAGAAAUUUGUGAGACAUGUGAAAGGAGGACAUGGACAUGGACACAGUCAUGCACAUGGAGGUCAUGGACAUGAGAAGCAGGAGCACCCUUCAAAGGAGAAGCCCAGCUCAGAGGAAGAAGAAAAGGAAGCAGGAGGGUUGCGGAAGAGGAGAGGAGGGAGCACCAGGCCCAGAGACAGCCCAGUGAGACCUCAGAACCCUGAAGGAGAAAAAAGAGGUUCAGACCUGCGUGUGUCUGGGUACCUGAACCUGGCUGCCGACUUUGCACACAACUUCACCGAUGGUCUGGCCAUUGGUGCGUCCUUCCGUGGGGGCCGAGGGCUGGGCAUCCUGACCACAAUGACUGUCCUUCUACAUGAAGUGCCCCAUGAGGUCGGGGACUUUGCCAUCUUGGUCCAGUCGGGCUGUAGCAAAAAGCAGGCGAUGCGUCUACAGCUACUGACUGCAGUAGGGGCGCUGGCGGGCGCAGCCUGUGCCCUUCUCACUGAAGGAGGGGCAGUGGGCAGUGCAGUUGCAGGUGGUACUGGUCCUGGCUGGGUUCUGCCAUUCACUGCUGGUGGUUUUAUCUACGUGGCAACGGUGUCGGUGUUGCCUGAGCUGUUAAGGGAAGCGUCACCUUUACAGUCACUUCUGGAGGUGCUGGGGCUGCUGGGGGGAGUUGUCAUGAUGGUGCUGAUUGCCCACUUGGAGUGAGGGGUGGGAGAGAGCAUCCCCACCCCUGCUCCAGACCUCUCCCCCAAACUCCAGGGCAGGGGCCUGGGGGGUGCUGGAGGCCAUGAGCAGGAACAUCAGCCAGUGUAAGGAGUUGAAACCAGAGGGGCUGUAGAGGGGGGAACGGAGAGGCAGGAGGGACCAGUGUUGGGCACUGCCUGACCAUACUGUUAGGUUGGGGGAUAAAGGAGGCCACGAAGAAGGCUGAAAGGGACAGAGGUAACGACAGCCUGGCGGCCCCAGCCCUUGUUUUCAGAGGACCAAGCUGCCGCACACAGUUCUCCAAGGUCCACCUCCCUCUCUUCCACCACCCGGUGGAGGCUUCAGGGAAGACCAGAGCACUGGACAGAGGGGCUAACAAGGAGUCCGGAGUAAACGGCAAUCGUGCGUCCUGAUUUGGGGGUGAUGGGGGGUGAGGGGUGGGAGAGGGUUCGUUGGCCUGAUUUGUUUGUAUUCAUUUUUUUAUAUCACUGUUUAAAUCAAGGGGAGGGGUGGUGACCGGAAAUAAAGUUCUUGGCUCUUCCGCCCCAUA